AUGCCAGGUUCUCCGAGGUGGAGUCACACCUUGCAUCUGCGCUCCCGGACGCAAGGCACCGUCAAGUUUGACGAAGUGUGUCCCUUCCCAUGGCUGCAAGAUGUGGACGGGGCUCAGGUGGACGAGGUCUUGGAGGAGCUCUCCGACUCUUUCACCUUCAAGGAUUUCAGAAAGGGCUGGAACUAUGCAGACUAUUCCGAGUUCCCCAAAUGGCACGAGGAGCGAAUGAAGCGUUUGUGCGCCACUACACAGGCGGAGGCUCAGCCUCUCGCUCCGCUGGGACUUGGAGGACGCACGCCUCGGAGAUCGCAGUCGCAUCCGACGGUGUCGCUGCCGCCUUGGCGGGACCGGCGGGAGGGCAGGCCGUGGCAACGUGGGGAGCAGCGGUGA